AUGGAAACACUAGCACAAAAGCUCGGCAAGCGAUCAAACCUCGACGCAACACUGAAGUAUCGGCACUACAGGAAGUUAGACUACAAGCUUCCAAAACUAAGCGAACUGCCAUCCAUAUUCGCCAUGUCAGAUCUCAAGCUAUCGCUUUACGUGUAUUCUGAUGUCGGCUCAUCAUGGUCCUUGAUCGCCAAGUUCGACAACAGUGCUGCACGGUUAUCGCAGAGGCCUAGCAACAUAGUCUCAAAUGAGCUGAGAACUUGGUCGAAGCGAUUAGAUUCGACGUACAAUUACCGGGACAUUGUGCUCGAGGAGAUCAAAUGUAUGGUCGGAAAGCACGAGAACCUUUGGAAGAGCAACGACUACGAUCUUGACUUCAUGCUACCUUAUCUAUCUAGAAACAGGUACAAGGCCUGA